GCACAGGAUGCUGCUCCUCUGAAGCUUAGAUUCUGCUUUUGAGCAUCCUUGCUGCUGUCUACCUGCUUGCCUGCCUGCCUGCCUGCCUGCCUGCCCGUCUGGGUUUGCAGCUCUCCACUUUCCUUUCCCCAGUGCUGCUGCCAGCUGUAAGACUCCCUGCAGCUGGUGGUUCCUAGCUCGGACCAUGCAUGUGGAUACUGCUUGGGAGAAGCGGGCACUUGUUCCUGGCACUGAUCCCAGCUGAGUUCUUCCUGUUGCUUUCUGGACCACAGAUGCUGCUACUAAGGAGGUAUUUUCUGUCAUCCCUCCCUCUACUACCAAAAGCUUAGGAACAACCCUAAAGCAAGGCAGACAAGUGUCACGAUGGGCCGUACUGCAAGAAGCCAACGCUAGCUAGCGAGGUGUGAAGAGUUGGCCAGAAUGAUCAACUCUUCCUCCACGUCAACCUCCUCCACCACCGGGGGAUCGCUGUUGCUGCUCUGUGAAGAAGAGGAGUCGUGGGCGGGCCGGCGAAUCCCCGUGUCCCUCCUGUACUCAGGUCUGGCCAUCGGGGGCACGCUGGCCAACGGCAUGGUCAUCUAUCUCGUGUCGUCCUUCCGAAAGCUUCAGACCACCAGCAACGCCUUCAUCGUGAACGGCUGCGCCGCGGACCUCAGCGUUUGCGCCCUUUGGAUGCCGCAGGAGGCGGUGCUUGGGCUCCUGCCCGCGGGCUCCGUGGAGCCCCCCGGGGACUGGGACGGCGCCGGGGGUAGCUACCGCCUGCUGCGGGGCGGGCUGCUGGGCCUCGGGCUCACCGUGUCCCUCCUGUCCCACUGCCUUGUGGCCCUGAACCGCUACCUGCUCAUCACUCGGGCGCCUGCCACCUACCAGGCGCUGUACCAACGGCGCCACACGGCGGGUAUGCUGGGGCUGUCCUGGGCGCUCGCCCUGGGCCUCGUGCUGCUGCUCCCGCCCUGGGCACCACGCCCGGACGCCGAGCCACCGCGUGUCCACUAUCCGGCGUUGCUGGCCGCGGCAGCGCUCCUGGCGCAGACGGCGCUGCUGCUGCACUGCUACCUGGGCAUCGUGCGCCGCGUGCGCGUCAGUGUCAAGCGGGUCAGCGUCCUCAACUUCCACUUGCUGCACCAGCUGCCUGGGUGUGCCGCUGCUGCAGCCGCCUUCCCCGGGGCCCAGCACGCGCCUGGCCCCGGCGGCACAGCGCACCCAGCGCAGGCCCAGCCAUUGCCGCCUGCGCUGCACCCACGGCGGGCGCAGAGGCGUCUCAGCGGGCUCUCGGUGCUGCUGCUCUGCUGCGUCUUCCUCUUGGCCACGCAGCCGCUGGUGUGGGUGAGCCUGGUAAGCGGCUUCUCGCUGCCGGUGCCCUGGGGCGUGCAGGCGGCCAGCUGGCUCUUGUGCUGCGCCCUGUCAGCUCUCAACCCGCUGCUCUACACGUGGAGGAACGAGGAGUUCCGCCGCUCGGUGCGCUCCGUCCUGCCAGGCGUUGGCGACGCUGCGGCUGCAGCCGCCGCCGCCACUGCAGUGCCAGCUGUGUCUCAAGCGCAGCUGGGCAACCGCGCUGCCGGCCAGCACUGGUGA